UUAAAGUUGGGAGACAAUUCUAUCAGUUUUAUUUUUUACGAUGAUUUUAAAGGUUUGAAGAAACUCAGAGUGCUUGAAAUGCAGAAUAACCUUAUACGCCAAUUAUCAUUCGAUGUAUUUUCUGAACUUUUGAAUGUUGAAGGUGUGAUUUUGGAGGGCAAUGAGAUAGAGACUAUAUCAGGACAGGCUAGACUUCCGCAGCUGAGAUACCUCAACAUGGACAAUAACAGACUUCAGUUUUUCCCUGAAAACUUUUUUGCGUAUUUUUCAAGCUUGCAGUAUCUGAGAAUGGCAGGCAACCAGCUUUUAAAGAUCCCGGGUCACCUGCCCAAGACUCUCCAACACUUAAGAUUAGAGAGAAAUCACAUAAAAAAUGUAAAGAUCAGAGACAUUAAACAUCUGGACAAUCUUUCAGAGCUGAAUCUCUCUGGGAACCAGCUUUCCACUGCAGAUAGUGUACAAGUUCUCAGCAAUCUGUCCUCAUUUGAUAUCUCCAAGAACCAGAUUCAAUUUCUGCCUCAUAGAUUCCCAACCAAGCUACAGAGACUUGAUUGCAGUAAUAAUCAAAUCUCUAGGCUAACAGUGCUCAACUUUAAGAACCUACAAAGUCUCAAGCAUCUAUUCCUGGAUAAUAAUAUUGUAAGCCGUAUUGAUGAUAAUUCAUUUCAUUGGUGUGUUCACUUAUCCAACCUGGCAAUGGAGCAAAAUUUAUUGACUUCACUCCCACUAGGGUAAGUACUUGUUAAGAUCAUGUAACUAAAAUGGAAUGCUUUUCAAAAGAUAGCCCAAUGUCUUAUUAUUAUAUUUAUUCAGAGGUUUCAACAGGGUGCACAUUUUUCUUAAUUUUGUUUUCACUAGCCAUUCGAAAGUGUUACUCCAGCAACCACAAUGGGAGAGAUUUUUAAAAAUGUCAGUAGUAGAAAUAAUAGCAGUCACCAUGACAACCAAUCAAAUCAGCCCACCAUUAUUCUGGAAACAUUUUUAUGAAUAUUCUCUAUUGUACCACAGCUCUCAUCUUAAACAGAUGUCAGUCAUUUUUUUCACAAAAACAAAAAACACAGUUAGCAAAUUCAUAAAAACUAAUUAAUGCACUAACUCACAUUUUACUUAAAGAUAUUUAGAGAAGGGAACCGCAAACUGUAAUGAGGCAACAAUUAGAUUAUCGAAUUUUAGGCCACAUUUUCCAAAUCCGCUGCUUUUACAAUUCUGGUCCAAGUGUCAACCUUGUUGUCAUUUCACCAGAAUUCAUGGUAAAGCAAAUUAAAUCCAUAAGAGCAGCUCAAGGGAUGCAAAAUGUAAAGCAAUUAGUUUUAAUAAUUGAGUAACAAAAUGAUUAAAACAUAAUAUACAGUCCAUGGGGUAGACAUCCUGUACAUGUGUAAACUAUAGGAACAAAUGACACACAGUAUUUUUCAAAAGACCUUUAAGAGGAGUCAGUGUAAAGUUCCUCAUUUGCUAUGAGCACUUGCUGAAAGCGGAAGUGAGGUCUGCUUCAUAGAGUUGUAUUGAAACCAGGUAUGGCACUGGUUUCCAUACAUCUCUAUGAGAAACAUUGCGGGCGAUUCAGAUGAUUGUUGUGCAUAUGUCCUGUAAGAAGCACUGGGAAGAUUAUCACUAGUGAUGAUCUCCAGAAGGUGGAAUGAAGCUUCAGUGAGAACUGAGAAGAUAGAUUAAAGCUAGGUAAGUUAUUUUUCAGAGGGACAAAAAAAACACAAACAUUCCAGUGUUAGAAAUAAAUGUAUUCAUUUCUAGCAUUGUAUUGUUUAAUUUAUAAUAGAUUGAAACACUGUCCAUACUAUGAUGCCAUACGAAAAAGAUUAAAGGAAUACUCUGGGCACCAUAACAAUUUAAUUGGAGUAAAAUUGAUAUGGAGCCAUGAGGUCCCUGGCGCUGGCUUACCUUUAGGAGUUAAGUACCCCCUAACAGUCCAGGAUUUAGUGUUAACCCAAUUGUGUCUCAGGUGUUUUAAAAAAAAAAAAAAUCUCAGCCAAUCAGCGACAACCGUGGCCAAGGCUUAAAAGUGCCCGAUCACUUUGCCCCCUGUCCUUCCUCUGCUCGGAAUCUUAAAAUAGGAAGCCUUGGCCACGGUUGUCGCUGAUUGGCUGAGAGUGUCAGCUGAUGCUCCAAGCCAGUGGUUCCCAACCCAGUCCUCAAGUACCUCCUACCAGUGCAGGAUUUAGGGAUUACCCAGUUGUGUCUAAAGUGGUUUUCUCUUCUUUUUUUUUUUUAAAAAACACCUGAGACACAAUUGGGUUAUCCCUAAAUCCUGGACUGUUAGGGGGUACUUAAGGACUGGGUUGGGAAUCAUUGCUCUAAGCCAAUCAGUAGAUACCCAUUCACAAAAUGGCUUGAGAGACGUACAAUAGGCAAUGUAAGCUGGCACAAUGGACCUGCUGGCCUCGUAAAAACUUUAUUCCAAAUUUGUCAUGGCGCCUGGAGUGGUCUUAUAAUGUUAAAAUUGUAAUCUAAUUUCAUUAAUAUUCUGUUAUAAUUGUAUACUUUGUAAUUUAUUUUAUUAUGUUAUCAUUUGUCAUUAUUAGGCUCCCAGUCACAUUAACAAGGUUGGAUCUUAAAGGGAACAAAAUAGAGUACAUUGGAGAAUCAGAAGUGAAAGGUUUAAGAAAACUCCAAGUUCUGAACCUUCGAAAUAACAAGAUUUCCUUGCUAGACCAUCAAGUGUUAGAAUGUCUGCCACGUCUCCGGCACUUGUAUCUUGAAGGGAACCCCUGGAAUUGCACAUGCAAGCUUCUCAUGGUCAAAAGAUUUUUAAUUGAUAAAGGAACUGAUAUAAAAGGAGGGCAAUGUGCCGAGCCUAGCAUAUCUCGUGGAGAAAGCUGGAUGUCCUCUGACACCAUUUUAAGACACUGUGAAAACACAUUUAGCAAAAGUAAAGAAAACAAGAAAAAGCUCAAAAUAGAUGAAUUCUCUAAUACGAAAAAGCAAAUUGAAGAUGAGAAUGAUGAUGAUUAUGAUUAUGACAUAGAAUAAUGAUUUAACCUUACCUGUAAGAGUUACCAUUGGUUUUGUUUUUGUUUUUGUUUUUUUAGGAGAAAUCCAUUAUUUAUUAGUUAAGCUUCAGGUAGUUCAUUUAUAUUUAAACUAUAUACUUAUUGAUUGACUAGGAAUCCUGGAGACAUAUUUUAUAUAUGUGAUAUGCAAUGCUGUAUUGUAG